AUGUUCGUUAGAGGUGCUGUAGAUGUCAAUCUGGUGCCUUUUCGACUAUCUAUUCAUGCUUCAGUUAUACUCUACAUCAAAAUCUGCUUCUUUGGGUGUAUCAGGAUACGAAAGACUAUCUGGACGUCGCAGUUAUGGAGUUACUCGUCACCGACAAUUUCUAAGAACGUGUUGACUAUUGGAAGAGAUGAUGAGGACAAGUCUGCACCAGAGUUUCGCUCAUUGACGUAUGAUGCCAAUCGACGACGGCGAUCAAAUGUGGACAGUGUACCCUGCACUGUCCACCAGCUUCUCAAUCGAUUUCCAAACUCUCCAGCAUUUGAGAUCGAAGUGAGUGCUUAUGACGACGAGAGCGAGGUUGCAUAUACUUUGGAUGUGGGAACGUAUCGUGGUGGACGGAAUGUACAUGAGCAGUUUGCCAUGGGCGGCCCACAACUUUUGUCAACUGAUCUGUUGGCCCCCGGUGUUCCUCUCUAUUUUACGGUGAUUGCAACAAAUACUCAAGGAAAGUCUUCAUCGGCUGUUUGCUCUCUGCCGACAUAUGACAAUACACGUCCGGGAGGUCGUGUGGAACAAUCUUAUGAUAUUGUUAGUUAUCCUUGGAUAUUGUCGGCUCUUUUCGUUGUGCACGAUGACUCAGAGCUUGAGAACAUUGGCUGGGCAAGUGUUGGACUCGGGUCCGGACAAUCAAAUGUUGUUGCUCGGUAUCAAUUCUCAUUUAAAGCCAUUGAAAUUAAUCACGAAGCAAGUCAUGCAUUAGAACACUUUGCUCAACCUCGACUGGGUCGCCUUAUGGCACCAACUGUUGCCACAACGACUGUUAUAAGUCCCUUGAAGUGUGCUACUUUCUGUCUGACCUACGGCGUUCAGUGCGUUUCAUUUGACUACAACUACCAUUUGGACGAGUGUGUGGUAGUCCAGGCGAUCGAAGGACCUCUGGUUGAGAGAAGAGUUAGUGGUUCUUUCUAUAAUUUUGAACGUAUCGGUGUUGGAUCUACCGCCUGGUUUGAGCAUACAGAAAUGACUCUAAUCCACGGAGAAAUUUAUUAUUUCAAUGCUGAGGUGACAAACGUCUUAGGUUAUUCUCAACUGAUGUCUUCCAAAGGAACGUUAGUAGAUUUCACGCCGCCAUUACCAGGAGAAGUGGGAAAUAUAAGGUAUGACGUUACUGAGGCAUCUCAGUGUAAAGCAUCGUUUGUACAGCGAUGUGUUGAGGUCACACCUUGGCCUAAUCACAGAAUCAUCAUAGACGGUGAAGGUGCCCAAACCGUCUUCAAUGGUCACGAACCAUUUUCGGAUCUAAAAUACACAAGAUACAAUAACUUUAUUGGCUGUAACUUUCGGGGAUUUCACGAUGAUGAGUCUGGUAUUUAUAAAUAUACAUGGGCAGCUGGAACGCGACCACUUUUAGUAGACGUGUUCAAUUACGAAGAUCCUCAUGCACAUUUACACGACGAACGUCACUGGAGCCAUUCUGGAACGAAGUUGAUUGAUUUAGUUGAUGGUCACUACUUUAUAACAGUGCAGGCUGUCAAUAAUGUUGUGUUUGGUGGGUCAUUGGUGACCGAGGUUGGACACAGCACUUCGCACAUUGUCGAUACGGUUCCACCUGAUGUUCACUCUGUCCAUGGUUUGAAAUACGACGAGGAUACUCACAUGCUACAAUUGGAAUACAACACGAGCGAUGACAUGUCUGGAGUUCGUGAGAUAGACUUUGCUCUGGGCAAAACGGUUCAUGACACGGAUCUGCACAGUUGGGAUAGGCACGGUAAUCUAACUAUGCUGCUGGUUGUCGUCAAUGUAGCAGACGGUGUUCCUGCCUGGGUUCGUAUUCGUGCCAUCGACAACGUCUAUUUGAUGGCUAUUGGUCAUUCACAUUAUCCUCUCGUCAUUGAUCGUACACCACCGGUGAUUGGCUACGUGUAUGAUGGCCGUCAUCACGGUAGUGAUGCAAGCUAUACUGCUGCCAAUAACACUAUUUGUGUCAACUGGGAUAAUUUCCAUGAUGAGGAGAGCGGGUUGACUGACUUUGCUAGAGUAGGAAUGGGGAGUGCUCCAGGUCUUACCGACGUGGUGGCCUUACAGGAAGUUUCAUACACAGCUAAAGAAAUAUGCUUUCAAACAUCGCUAGUUCACUCUCAUACUUAUUACUCAACUGUUGUAGUUUACAAUCGAGGCCACAAGCAGCUAAGUGUCAAUGACUCGUCAGAUGGAGUUUUGGUUGAUCUGACGGAUCCUGUUAGAGGAUGGGUAAAGGAUGGUUUGGAUCCCGCAGAAGAUAUUGACUAUUCUUAUGUUGACAGUGCUGUGUAUUGCAACUGGAAUGACUUUUAUGAUCCUGAAUCUGACAUUGUUCGAUAUGAGGUUCAGUCUUUCGUGUCUGGUACACCUUUUCCUGUACGCUCGGUUGGCUUAGACACACAAUCAGUAGACAUUUCAGUUAGCUUAAAGCACGGAGAUACCAUUCGAAGUAUCUUGACGGCAGUUGACGGUGCCGAGCGCCGCACAAGCAUUGCCACCAAUGGUUACAUCAUCGACAAGUCUCCACCUCUUUUAGUGAGCAUUGGAUUUGAAGGAUCUCGCAAAGGAAUUCCAUACUUUCAAGCUGAUGUUGGUAUGAUCACUGCUAGGUGGGUUUACAAGGACCCAGAAUCCGGUAUCAAGUCAUACCAAGUUGCAAUUUAUGAACUACAUCACGGCAGUAACCAAGCGAUUUAUCCAAGCCAAGGAGAUUGGGCAGACUUUCCAAAACAGGGUGAUGAGGGAGCAGUAAACCAACUUGUCGUCUCUAAUUUGGCUUUGACAAGUGGAGCAGAGUAUGUGGUAAAGGUGAAAGCUACAAACAAUGCAAAACUUGCAGUUAGCCACACGAGUGAACCAAUGACUGUAGACGAUACACCUCCAGUCAUUGCAUGGGUUGUGGUUGGAAAUCUUGAUGGAUCAGAUGAGAAUACUGAUUCUCUGGAUCGUGUUGUGCAGUCUGAUAAGCACGGAAUCAAAGCAUCUUGGUAUGGUAGUGAUCCCGAGAGUGGUAUAGAUUCUUACUUGAUCGCUGUAGGUACAACUGCUGGAGGCUCCGAGGCAAGUGGUGGUUGGCGUGAUGUUGGCUUUCGAACAAGCGCUUUUGUAGAUCGUCUAUUGCUCUCUGUGACUGAUGAAACCAGUCAGGAACCUGUGUACUUUGUGACUGUGAAGGCACACAAUGCAGCCGGUUUGGAGUCGAAGAGUUUGACUUCAAAACCAAUAGUUGUCGUGGAGGCUGACGUUGCAGGAGUUGUGUUGGAUGGUCCUGAUACCACAGAUGCCAUGUUUCAACGUCAAUCCGAUACUGUUACUGUUCAGUUUACACCAUUUUCUAGCAAACGUUGUGGUGGUAUUUCCAAGUACGAAUGGGCUAUAGGAACAUCACCUUUGGAGGAUGAUUUACAGUCUUUCUCGAGAGUCGGUAUUGUAGUUCGAGAUGACGAUAGCGGUUUUGCUCAGGUGCCGUUUCAACUAGAAAAUGGAAAAACUGUGUAUUCAACUGUCAAGGCCACAACUAAAUGUGGCGAUAAUCUCAUGUCUUCUUCCAGUGGUGUCAUUCCAGACAAUUCACCUCCGCAGAUAAAAUUUACUCAAUUGGCGACAGCGGAUGCAAGCAACAUCAGUUCUAACUCAUUGUAUGUUUACUCUUCGUCUUCCAUUGGUGCUGUUUGGAAGGGUGACGAUCAGGAAAGUGGGAUAGUUAGGUAUGCUUGGUCUUCCUCCAUAAUUCCCAUGGAUUUUAGAAGUGGGAAAAUUAAUUAUACUACUGGUCUUCAAACGAGUGAUGGUGAUUUGGUUCGUCAGUCUGAAGGUGUACCAAACUUUGUGUGGGUAGAAGCAGAGAAUCGUGUAUCAUACAGGCACUCGAUUACCAGUGUAGGUCUUGUGGUUGACAGCAGUCCACCGUCCUUGGGAAAACUGCAUUGCCCCGACUCUAUAUCUCAUUCGGCCUCUGACUUGCAAUGUUGCUGGAGUGGAAUACACGAUUCAGAAAGUGGGAUCGUCAACUUUCGUAUGACAUUGUCUUUUGCUAAAGACCUAGUAGUGGCUGUUUCUCCAUUAUUGCCGACAGAUGUCUCAUGUUUUUCACUCUCUCUGGAGAAAUUCUUGAACACUAAUGGAUCACAUUUGGUAACUCUGGAGGCUGUAAAUGGCAUUCAACAUAGCUCUUUUGCAUAUGCUACGGUAAUUGUUGACGUAUCAGCACCAACCACUGGUAAUAUACAACAUCUGUCAGAUGAGUAUCACUAUGUUGUUGGCAGAAGUAACUCAGAUCAAAUUGCUGUGCAGUGCCAGAGCUCUGAAACAGAAAUGCACAUUGCAUGGGAUGAGUUUACUGACACGGAAACAUCUAUUACUAGAUAUGAAGUUGCUGUCGGAGAUUAUCCGGGUUCGACUUCAUUGAGACGGUUUGAAUCUGUAGGACUUGCUACAAGGAUUCACAUUGAUCAUCUGCAGUUGCGUCACGGAUCAACUGCAUAUGUUGCUGUGCGAGGAUUCAACAGUGCUGGCUUAUCUUCCUUUUUGGUAUCUGAUGGAGUCGUAAUCAAUUCGAGAGCUCACUUGUCAGUUUGGGAUGGUUUAGGAGAUGAUAUUGACUUUCAGGCAUCAACAUCCGUCUUUGCAGCUUCAUGGGUGCACAGUGUAGCAUGUCCGAUUGUGAGCUUGUCUUGGGCAAUAUAUCGAGUUGAUGAUGUGCUUAUACAGCCGUUUACUAAUAUACCAAUUGAUUCAUUUGUGGCUGUGACAGAAGACGUGAAUCUUCGAAAUGGAGAGCGGUACUAUGUUGUUGUUCGACUUGUGACCGCAUCAGGGCAGACUGUAGUGGAUCGAUCAGACGGGGUGACGGUUGACAUUGAACCUCCAGUUCCAGGCCAAGUGUUUGACGGAUUAGAUUCUGGAGAGGAUGCUAACUAUCAGGCAUCCGUUACUACACUCAGUGCGACUUGGUUGCCAUUUGGACAUCCCGGGUCAUCGGCACCAGGUCAGCAGAUAGUGCGAUAUGAGGUGGCAUUGGGGUCUGACGAUCGAUAUUCACUUACUAGGAUCAAUGUCAUUCCUUUUACAGUUGUUGGUCUCAACACAUCGGUAACGUUCUCUGACCUCGACUUGAUUCCUCUCAGCCAACAAUACUUCUUUACAGUACGCGCAUUCAGCAGGACUGGAGCAAUGUCAGAGGUUACAUCUAAUGGUAUAUAUGUGGGAUAUGGGAAACCACUGAUUGCCGGAACAGUACACAUGGAUAUGUUCAGUAACUCGUCGUCUUCACUGACUGCUAGUUGGGAUGGAUUCUCUUCAGAUUUACCGAUUCUCUUCUAUGAGUGGGCGAUUUCUACUAAGCCUGUCAACAUCUCACGGUGUCCAAAAAGCGUGAAUAGUUAUUGGCGAGAUGAUGAAGUAGACAAUCUCUUUGAUGUAAAGCGUUUUGUCAAUGUUGGACUUGACACAGUAGCCACUGUCAACAACUUGAACCUGUAUCACAAUAAAAAAUAUUAUGUCACAGUACGAGCAAGCAACGAAGCUCUACGUUGCAUAUUUGUUACUUCUUUGCCGAUUUUGAUUGAUCUGACACCUCCCAGUCCUGGCAUUGUGAUCGCAGGAUUUGAAACAGAUCUUGGUGCAUCUUAUGUUCGAUCACCGAGUGAAAUUGCAGUCAUGUGGAAGAACUUCAACGAUAGCGAGAGUGGAAUCACUCAGUACGAGGUGUCAUUAUGGAGCAAGGAUAGCUGUUAUGAGUCAAAUGAUACACGAAAAUUGAGGCAAUUAAUUGACUACAUAUCUGUUAGUAAUGCUACAUCAUACAUCUACAAACAGUUAUCAUUAGACAGUUCGAGGCCGUACUACGUAUUAGUAAUGGCCACGAAUGGGGCUGGUUCAAAGCAGGUUGUGUUUUCUAAACCUGUAUUGAUAGAUAUCAGUCCACCUUUUGUUGGACAAGUCAAAGAUGGAAAUGAUUGGAUGAAUGACAGAGUGUUUCAGUCGUCAUUAGACAGUCUACAGGCUACAUUUACUGUUGCGUACACUGAAGAUCAACUUUCUUGUCCAGAUCGUGAUUACGAUAUGUCAAGUGAUUUGGUCUUUCAAGACUGGAUUGUCUACACGGGACAUACAGUUGGCAACAUACCAAACUACGGUACAAUAUCAUUCGAAGAUAGUCAAGUGAGUGUCGACCGGGAAGGACUGAAGCUUGGAUGGGUGAGAGAUAGAAGAAAAGUGAGGUUGCAAUCAGGCGCUUUGUAUACGACCACUGGCACAGUGAACGAGGGCUCUUUUCUAAUUGAAAUGAAGACAGCUGGAGGUAGAUCAACCUUGACAAGCGUCGUGCUUUGGGAUGGUCCACAGAACACAAUUGGAGAUCUGGAAGCACCUGGCAGGAUCCAAGACACUAAUAUCAUAACAACUGAAAACUUGAAUAUAUCAGACAGUUUGGCUCAAAGUUUUAGUUCUGCUUCCGGUUCUGGUUCUGGCAGUGGACCAACCGUCGGACAUCCAGAUGUAUUGGAUGCUAAUGGAGCCAAGGAUUUUGCAGAUACCGAGAUCAAAUACGAUAGAGCCAGUGCUGGUAUUGGAUUUCAGGUGAUGGGAGAAAGCGAGGCCUCUGAAAUUGGUUUUGAACGGAGUGACUUCUAUCUGCUCUUUUGGUGUCGAUUUGCUAAUGAUGAAGAAACAGCUAAGUUGCAGUGGGUCGAGUUAGGAUUUGAUCCUACUAGCGAAUACCACACUUAUGCAAUGAAGAUGAAAAAAUCACAGACUGAGGGGUCUAUAGAAUGGACUGCCAAGCUGUACAUCGAUAACGAGCUUAGAUCUGUGCUGACGGGAGUACCUCAAUUGAAUGACAAUACAACUUUGUCUAUUGCGGUUCGUACACACGGAGGUUUCGUUGCUCCUCUUGAUAAUCCCUUUCAUCCACCAGCGUCAUUUGCUUAUGUUCGUCGUGUGAGUUUGCCGGUUGCCGGAUCCGAUCCUUGCUAUGGUGGAGAACCGUUUCGAGACUUUGAGAGCCCGAUUGUUUCUAUUGAGUCAUGCAUCAGCUCAAAACCGUCUGGCACUUGUGACGUCAUUCCUUUCCAGCAAGAAGGGUCUGUGUGUGUUGCUUGUAGAGAACCAUGUGAUCGGUACAGCUGCUCUGUCGAUUGCCAUUUUAGUCGUACAACAAUAAACUCUUACCAGCUCAACAAUUUGACUCUGUCGGCCGGAAUUGUUGAUCGAAAGUCCGAUGACAUUCAGACGUCGGACUUAAUAUUUCGUCCAUCGGUCUAUUAUUUUGUGUUGAGAGUUAUUAAUGCUGCUGGUGCUGCGUCUAUUUCUGUGUCGGAUGGAGUAGUAAUCGACACCACAGCUGCCUUAUGUUCUGCCGUCUAUCAAGUUGAUCCAUCAUGGUCAUUGACAGAACCAUCAAAAUAUCAAGGCACCAACACAUCAAUUGCGGCAUUUUGGGAGUGCAGUGACAAUAUUAGUGGUAUCAUCGAGUAUUCGUGGUCUAUAGCAACUAAUUUCACAUUUGCUGAUAUUCAGCCGUUCACGUCAGUUGGAGUGGCAACACAUGCAUUGAGAGAGAACCUUUUCUUACAUCAGAAAUCAACUUAUUAUGUGUCGGUCAGAACUCACAACGGUGCUCAACUGUUCAGCACGUGGCACGGUGAAGGUAUAACAGUUGACGUCGAACCACCGGAUGUUUCUAAUACAAGCGUAUCAGCCAUGUUCUCUGAGAAAUGGCUGAAUGGGUCUGACAUACGUCGCACUGAUGAAGGUGACAGACUGGGGAUUGCAUGGGGCGACAUCAAUGAUGAUGAUGUGGAUCAAAUAGAGUGGCGUGUUGGGUAUGAGGAGGAAGGAGAAGGUCUGUUGCCUUCUGUGACUGUCAGCAUUGGAAGAAACGCGUCUCGUGCAGAAGUGUUAGAUGGAAAAAUCAUCAUUGGCCGCGGAGACGCUGUCAACUUGUCAGAUGUCAGGGCUGUGCAGAAGAAAGCCUUUCAAGAAGAAAAUCGUGGCAGCAGUUUUCUCAGUGUUGAGCCGGGUCGUUUAAUGUAUCACUCGCUGAUUGUUCGCAGUCGUUCUCACAAGAAGUCUCUUAUCUCGGGGCCAAGAAUAGCAUUAUUGCGCUCUCAAGACUUGGCUGUUAUGGGCUCAAAUUUGUCCGCUUUUUCAAGUAAUUCGAUUCAGCUAUCACUGGCAUCCGAUGACAGGCGUGUGGUCAUUGAGGGUUUAGACGUUGCGGAUGGUGGCAUGGUUAUCAUGGGCGUUCUAAAUCAGUCUGACCUACAAAAGGAGUUUGGAUCGUCAGCAGUUAUUCAAUAUUGGUCAUAUAUACAGAAUCCUGAACAGACCAGACAUCAGACUUCUCGGAGACUUGAAUCUAGAUUUCACAAAUUUUUAGGAAUAAGCAUUUUUGUGUCUCCUCUGAAGCCUGGUGAUAUUAGUGGUCCAUUUGAGUUAAAACUACCAUUCAAUGCAAGUGACAGUUGGAAAGACGAAAUUCCUGAAGUUGUCUUCUGGGAUCCGAGCUUGUAUGCAUGGAGGAUAGCUAGUUAUUCUGCUUGUCCAAGACCAACUCAUGUUGACUGGAAGAAUGGAAUACUGUCUGUACAGGUUUGUAGCACUUGGAGCUCGACCAAAACGGACAGAAGAAAGAGGAGUGUAACUGGCACAGCAUAUGUAGAGCAACCUACUCAAUUUGCUCUUGCAAGAAUUAGUAGCCAGUUUGUCAAUACGGCACCAACCAUCCCUGAUCAGCGACUUCAACUGUCAAUGCAAGAAGAUGAUCAUUUGUCUGUACGCCUGAUAUUCAUAGAUGAGGAAGAUGACAAAGCCAUUUUUAGCCUAGUCGAUGAACUGCAUUCCCUGUUUGAUUCAGUUUUAUUAUUAGGAGACGGAAUGUUGACAGUAGUUCCGUGUGCUAACUGCUACGGGUCUGAUGUAAUCCACUACACUGUCACAGAGACAGAUGUUCCAGAGGGCCAGCCACUAUCAUCUACGGGCAGCGUUCAAAUAACAGUCAAGCCCGAGCAAGAUGCACCUGUUCUCUAUUACCAGAACAUAAUUGAAGACAAAAUUCAAGCAGCAGGAGAAAAGGAUACAGUCGACUUGUUCGUGGAACAAAACAAAAUUGAGAACACAUCCGUCUCGGUUCUAAUGGCAGUGCUAGAUCAAGAUGGCGGCGACCAUCUAACUUUGUUGGUAAAUUCACCAUCUGUUGGUAAUGUCUUUGUUAUUGAGACCGUUUCAGACGAAAAGUCUUCAUUUGAGCACAUCUUGACAAACACAACACAGACACCUUCUCCUGCAUUCAAAGAGUUUCUUUUCAAGUAUACCGUUUCUAAUGAUUAUCACGGAAUGAUCAACGUUGAAGUGGUAGCUCGAGAUCAGAACUUUACCUACAGUAACCUGCUGACUGUGAGAAUUUUUAUUUUUGCUAUGCCUUGCAAAAACAACGCCACAUGCAGGGGAAAUAUAUCUGAUCCACAAUGCCAAUCAUUGAGCAGAGCAUUUAGCUAUGAAGGAUACGUCUGUGUGUGUCAAGCAGGUUACACUGACUUCUUCUGUGAGACUGACAUUGAUGAAUGCACUUCAGAUCCUUGUGGCAUGGAAUACGAGUGUGUAGAUCAAUUGGAUGGGUUUGCUUGUAUAGGCAAGAGAGUCUUCCAUAAAAGCAGUGCCGCACUCAGUGCCGCUCAAAUUGCUGGCAUAUGUGUUGCAUUGUUAAUGAGCCUAAUGAUAUUGCUGGUGGUGUGGCUGGUGUGGAGAAAGCGAAAUAAACGGAAGUUGUCUGUUACGAGAUCAAGGAAUGAGCAUGAAAAUGACUACACUCUCCGUAACGAGCUUGCUGAAGAGUAUCAAGAUGUUCCAAUGACAUAUUAUCGCAGUCACGAUGUGCAAGAAAACUGUGAAGUUGUUGUGGAGCAAUCUCAUUCUGCAGGGUUUUCUCAGAAUGAUUACGAGACUCCCGUGAGUACAUGUGUCAAUGGCACCAGUGAGCAGGGUGCAGAGACUGUAGACGCUGCAGAGACUGCAGAUACUGCAGAGACUGUAGACACUGUAGAGGAUGCAGAGGGUAUGUAUGAGAUAGUGGAUCAUAGAGAGGGCAUCAGCACCAAGAAAACGGUUGAUGGCAGCGAUGUUGAAAGUUUGGAAGUAGAUUGCGAGAAAGACAUUGAAAGUGAUGUGGAGGAGCCUAAGCAGCUUGAUGGUGUUGAUUUGGUUAAUCCUUCAUAUGGUGUGGUGCUUGCCGACACAUGUGUGUGAGAUGUUAAGAGUGACUGGAGAUUCGAAGGUACUCAUUUGUAGAAUAGAAAUUUGCGUAUUGAUACUGUGGUAGCCAUUGAAGGGGUCACAUUGAUGUGGAUACUUGCUUGAUAUGUAGGGUGCACGUGGCAUCGUAUUUGCUACAGGAUAGUUAGUGUACGUGGCAUGAUACUUGCUACCGGAUGGUUAGCAUCUCAUGCUGUUUUUGUGUUGCAUGAAAGCAGGCUAUAUCAGGAUUCAUGAUGUGAAAGUUAGAUAGAAUAUAUACGCAAUGACUUUCGUGUUUAUGCUGUCUCAAGGCAGCUUGGAGUGUUCUAAGUCUGAUUCUUUAAAAUCAAAUGUUAGA